AUGUUUUCAAUUAUCCCUAUUCCAGUCAUCGCGCCUAUGGAGCAUCCUGUGGUAGGGCUUACGCGCCCCAGAGGCGUGCGCAACAAUCCGGCUUUGCUGAACGGGGGAACCAGCUUGAAGCUUAGUGAAGGUGAUCUAUCACCAGUUCUAGAAGCCCAUCCUGGGUCCCCCGUUGACAUUAGUUCACACCCUCGUCCCUCCCUGGCGGCAUCGCUUAACCAGCGUUUGUACCAUGGGAGCGACGCUGAGCUCGCAAAGUUUCAUGAGAGGAAGGCGAGAAUUCAGGGGAGAAGAGAAGAUUCUAUCAGGAGGGAUGGCCUGGCCGCAAAAGGAAGCAUCUUUGGAGGAUAUAGAGAUGCGAAGAAAAAAGAAGGCGAUGGGUUGGUGCCGAAUCAACGACGUAUGCAGGUUGCAGGACCGAAUCCAUUUUUUAUACCCGCCAAAAUCACGGAACAGGAAGAGGUUCUGAAUCCGAUCAGUCCUUUGACACUCGAUCAUGUAGAUACCCCAAUGACAGAUGUCACCCCAUUGGGAACACCCAGUCCCGGCACACCAAUCGAGGAACUCCCAACUCCACCCGCAACCGAACCGCCAGCUCGAUUAUCAGUCGAUACGGAAAUGUCCAUGCACUACGAUUUCAAGACCGAAAACGGCAUCUGGAUCUCCGCCAACCCACUCGCCAUGGAAUCCCGCAGCAGCCUCAACACCAACACCACGUACAGCACCAUCACAGAUGACCGCUUCGACCGCAUGUCCACCGUCUCCCACGCCCUCACCCUCGACACCUCCGUCGCGUCGUCCGCUGCGUCCAUGAUGUCCUCCAUCGACUCAGCUUCGUCUGCGGACGUAUACGGCUGGGAAGAGGAGCUCGAUCGCAAAGAGAGCAUUGAGACGACCUCCGCGUGGGAACGCGAGGUUAGUCGUCGUUUGCCGAGUGGAGGCCGUACUAUGGGCCCUCGACCUGGCUUUGGCGCGGCGGGGAAACGAAAGGGCUUGUUAUACAGAGUGCUGAAUCUUCAUGGGAGGAAAAGCAGUGGUGAGGGGAGUGCCAAUUCGAGUUCGAGUACGCUGCCGAGUCCGUUGCCGUUGGGAUUGCCGCCGGCUGUGCAUGGGAGUGGGGAGUUUCCUACGCCUACUACUUCUGCUUGA